GCUUUAAUAUCAUCACCACCUUAAUCAAUUCAUUCAUCCUCUACUACUUCUUUAUAUGGCUCUAGAAAAUGGUGAGAAACUCGAUCAGGCGGCCGACUCGUCCUCCGCCGCCGCCUUAAAGCCGAAGAAUUAUACGAGCUGGGUGGUCUUGUUGUUGAGAGUUAUUGCAUUUUCCGGCACGACAGCUGCCACCGUUGCAAUGGCUACCAACAAACAAACCAAAAGUUUCACGGUUGCCACCAUUGGGACUACUCCUAUACAAGCCUCUCUCACUGCCAAGUUUCAACAUACUCCUGCUUUUGUGUUUUUUGUAAUAGCAAAUGGGAUGGCCAGUGUCCAUAACUUGGUGAUGAUGGCAUUGCAAAUAUUUGCACAUAAGUUUGAUUACAAAAGACUCCAUCAUGUCACAAUUGCCAUUUUAGAUAUGUUGACGGUGGGAUUGAUAUCAGGAGGGGUGAAUGCAGCAGUUUUCAUGGCAGAAUUAGGCAAAAAUGGGAAUUCACAUGCCAAAUGGAACCAAAUUUGUGAUAAAUUUGAAAGGUAUUGCUCACAGGGUGGUGCUGCUAUCAUUGCUUCCUUUAUUGGCCUCCUUUUCAUGCUCAUUAUUACCAUCAUUUCCAUCCUUAAACUUCUUCCACCUAAAUCUAAUGCCACUUAAGUCUACUCUUUUAAGUUACUUAUGCAUUUUUAAUAGUUUGCAUGGGAGAAAUGUAAAAGAUAUGUAUUGUUUGAUAUUCAAACAAAUAUGGAAAUAUGUUUUCCCAA